AGCGGCGAGAUAGUUAUAUUAUUAACAAAAACCCGUAUAAUCUGUACAAAGUAAAUGUGGCAUUUUUUUUAAAUGCACGGGCCAUCUUUAGGACCCAGUCUUUAAUUAUAAGCAUCUAAACAAAAAGAAAGCAUUCGCUUUGGGAGGAUCGUGCCCCAGUUUAAACACCAGUCAGUUCUCUUUGUUUUUGUUGAUUUUACCUGGCAGUAUGUGAGCCGGCUGCUGGACGGCUGAGAGAGCAGGCAGCUCGGGCGAAUUGAACUCCUUCAGCCUGGGUCGGAAGGCAGCCGCAGCAGCAGGUUGUGGGUGUUUAUUGCAGGCUGAUGCUCUCGGGGUGAUGAGAAUCAUGGUGGUGAUGAUGAAGAGCUUGAAGGCAGACACGCUCCCCUGGUCCCUGGAUCAGCCUCUGUGUGUGUGUGUGUGUGUGUGUGUGUGUGUGUGUGUGUGUGUGUAUGUGUGUGUGUGUGUGUGUGUGUGUAUGUGUGUGUGUGUGUGUGUGUUUGGAUGUGUGUGUGUGUGUGUGUAUGUCGGUACGAGUGUGUGUGUGUGUGUGUGUGUCUGUGCGAGUAUGUGUAUGUAUGUCUGUGCGAGUGUGUGUGUAUGCGUGUGUAUCUCCUGUGUCUGGCUGCUUCCACUCGCGGCUGCUCUUUCUGUCAAACGCCGAGCUAAACUCUUCCUCCCCAGUUUGAUUCGCACAUUAUCCGUUUCGACUCAUCCCUGUGUGCCUCUAAGUAUCUUUUCUAACACAAUUCGGAAUUCCAGCCAGCUAAAUCCGCGCCUCGGCUCCUUUUGCCUUAACUCCGCUGUGUUCUGUGCUUUUUUUGAUUAUUAUUGAAGCUCGUAUAUAGUAGCCCUGCCUUUUCGUUCGGGGCAGACUUCUGCGAUUGGGACACGACAGUGACACGGGGAUCGAUCGUUUAAACUCAGAGCAAACGCUGGGUCCCUGACAGGCUGGAUGAAAUGAGAUCCCCGUGUAGCAAUUGCCAUGGAAACCUGUGACUCCCCUACCAUCUCUAGGCAGGAAAAUGGGCAUAACACAUCAAAGCUAUGUGGAACGACACAACUUGAUAAUGAGGUGCCAGAGAAAGUUGCAGGGAUGGAGGCUGACAGGAAAAAUAGUGCCACGGAUGACAACCUGAGAACAGAUGAGCACAGAAGCAAGAGCUUGUUGGAUUUCAGUGUGGAGAAUGCUGCCACCACUCAGGUUACCUCAGCAAAAGAGAUCCCUUGCAACGAAUGUGCCACUUCUUUCUCAAGUUUACAGAAAUACAUGGAGCACCACUGCCCAAAUGCCCGUCUUCCUCUUCUGAAGGACGACAAUGAUAAUGAGUUAAGUGAAUUCGAGGAUAGCGAUGUGGAGAAUCUGACAGGGGAGAUAGUUUACCAACCUGAUGGGUCAGCAUAUAUAAUAGAGGACUCCAAAGAGAGUGGGAAGAACGUGCAGCCGGAGAUGAACAGUAAGCUCUUUCCCUCAGCACUUUUUCUGAACUCGCUCACAGCCGCUGGGGAGAAAAAUGAGCAAACAACCUCUGCACCGAUGUCAUUUUACCCGCAAGUCAUCAACACUUUUCAUAUUGCUUCAUCCCUCGGGAAACAAUUUCCUGCCGAACAGACUUUCCCAAAUACCUCAGCAUUUGCAGGAGUCGGUCCUGUCUUGCACAGUUUCCGUGUCUAUGAUGUCCGGCAUAGUAGUGAGAAAGACUACCUUAGCAGCGACGGCUUGGCCAAAAACUCCUGCGUGUCCAAAGAUGUUCCUAACAAUGUGGACUUGUCUAAAUUUGAUGGUUGUGUUAGUGAUGGGAAAAGGAAACCUAUUUUGAUGUGUUUCUUGUGCAAGUUGUCUUUUGGCUUUGUUAAGUCAUUUGUAACCCAUGCUGUGCAUGACCAUCGGAUGGGCCUCAAUGAAGAGGAGCAAAAGCUCCUAAAUAAUAAAUAUAUCUCUGCCAUCAUACAGGGGAUAGGCAAAGACAAGGAACCUCUAAUAAGCUUUCUGGAACCAAAAAAUUCAAAUUCUAUUCAUCCUCGUUUUUCUAGUGCAAACCUCAUGGGUCCCGAUCCAACCUACCGUGGUUUGUGGAGUGCAUUUCAUGUAGAGAAUGGUGAUUCUUUUCAGGCAGGCUUUGCAUUCUUGAAAGGAAGUGUGAGCGCUGCCAGUUCAUCAGAUCAGUCGCUCGGGAGCACGGCGCACACAGCUGAAGCGAACCUGGGCGGACUGUCCGGUUCAGCUCUGACCACCCCAAUUACCUCAGCUUCCCUCAGUCACUCAUCCUCUGGGUCAAACAAGUUGUCAGGGAGCAAGGACAAAGAGAGUAACUGUGAAAGAGCAAAAGAAGCAUUUGUCUUGCAUCCAGAUGGAGAGCUGCAAAUCAAAAGUGAACCUGUCGAGCCCAUGGAUGAUGACGAGGAGGAUGACACAUACUCAAAUGAACUCGAUGACGAGGAGGCGUUGUUGUCAAGUGGAUUAGUGGACCGUAAUAGUAGCAAAGAUUUCCCUAUCUCAAACCAAAGCAUUUCUAUGUCUCCUUUAAUGCCCAGUGUGCUAAAUUUAAAUGAAAAGGGUACCUCUUCUUCCUCUGUGACUGUUUCUGAUUACCUGGAUAAGGCAAAGCAGCAUUCCGCACACAGGGAUAGUUGCAGUGACAGUAACUAUAGCAUUAGUGGCAAGGACUUUGCUGACGCCGGUAAAGAUUGUGCCACAACCCCUCAACCAAAUGACUCGACCCACGGAGAUGAUGAUAGUCCUGGUUCUCAUCACCAGCACAGCUGUAACCCUUGCACACUGGGGGCAAGUGAAAGUCCGCCAGGAAGCAGUAUUGAGUGUCCCAAAUGUGACACGGUCCUUGGCUCGUCGCGCUCGUUAGGUGGUCACAUGACCAUGAUGCAUUCGCGGAAUUCGUGCAAGACAUUGAAAUGUCCCAAAUGUAACUGGCACUACAAGUAUCAACAAACUCUUGAGGCACAUAUGAAGGAGAAACACCCAGAGCCUGGCAGCUCUUGCGUGUACUGUAAGACUGGGCAGCCUCACCCUAGGCUAGCCAGGGGUGAGAGUUACACUUGUGGCUAUAAACCCUUCCGCUGUGAGGUUUGUAACUACUCUACAACUACCAAAGGCAACCUCAGUAUUCAUAUGCAGUCAGACAAGCACCUAAACAAUGUUCAAAACCUUCAGAAUGGCGGUGGAGAGCAAGUCUUUGUACACAAUGCUCCGGGAACUACGUCCGGCCUCAGUAACUGUGGUACCCCGUCCCCAUCCAAAGUAAAGCAGAAGCCCACCUGGCGCUGUGAGGUGUGCGACUACGAAACCAACGUGGCAAGGAACCUUCGCAUCCACAUGACCAGCGAGAAGCACAUGCACAACAUGAUGCUGCUGCAGCAGAACAUGAAGCAAAUCCAGCACAGUCUGCACUUGGGCCUGGCGCCCGCUGAGGCCGAGCUUUACCAGUAUUACCUGGCCCAAAACGUGGGCCUGACGGGCCUGAAACUAGAAAGCCCAGCUGACCCGCAGUUCAUGUUAAACCCGUUUCAGCUUGACCCUGCAAAAGCUGCAGCCGUGGCACCAGGACUAGUUAAUAGCGAGCUACCACCUGAAAUGAGGCUUGCAAGUGGUCAGCUUGUGGGUGAUGACCUGCCCUUCCUUGCUGCCGGAGAGAUUUCACCUUACAUCAAUGACCCUUCUCUGAAGUUGUUCCAGUGUGCUGUCUGCAACAAAUUUACCACCGACAGCCUGGAGGCUCUGAGCUUGCAUGUGAACAGUGAGCGUGUGCUCCCCGAAGAGGAGUGGAAGGCUGUGAUUGGAGACAUCUACCAGUGUAAGCUCUGCAACUACAACACUCAGCUGAAGGCCAAUUUUCAGCUCCAUUGUAAGACAGACAAGCACAUGCAGAAAUAUCAGCUGGUGGCCCACAUCAGAGAAGGUGGUAAACCUAAUGAGUGGAGACUGAAGUGUGUGGCCAUUGGGAAUCCAGUGCAUCUGAAGUGCAACGCCUGCGACUAUUAUACUAACAGUGUGGAUAAGUUGCGCCUUCAUAGUACCAACCAUCGGCAUGAAACAGCGGUGAAGCUGUAUAAGCACUUGCAAAAACAUGAGAGUGCGUCGAACUCCAAGUCUUGCUGUUUCAACUGUGGCCUUUGCAACUACACCACCAAGGCCAAGCUGAACCUGGUUCAGCACGCAAGGUCUCUGAAACACCAGCAGACAGAGAGCCUGCACAGGCUACAGUUACACCAGCAGGGGCUGGCACCAGAGGAGGACAAUCUCAAUGAAAUCUUUUUCGUUAAAGACUGCCCACCAAGUGAGCCUGACGAGCAAAGUGAAGAUUCUGAAGGAACUGGUAAAACCACUGUUCCAGCUGCUGCUACUGAUACCAAGGACACCAGUGAAAAAGACAACAAAGAAAACAAGAAGUCUGACAAAGACUCUGAAGGAACUGACGUGAUAUGUCCAGAGCCUCAAGAAAGCUCAUUGCUGGAAAAGCGGUCACUACUGCAGGGGGGAGAUGAAGACCUUCCUUCCAAGAGACCUCGCUCAACUGGUAGCAGUAAACCCAGUCAGGAGCAGCUUUACCAAUGCCCUUACUGUAAUUAUAACAGUAAGGAUGCAAACAGAAUCCAGAUGCAUGUCAUGUCCCAGCAUUCCAUGCAGCCCGUCAUCUGCUGCCCUCUCUGUCAGGAUGUCCUCAGCAACAAGAUACACCUCCAGCUGCACCUGACCCACUUGCACAGCGUGGCACCUGACUGCGUGGAGAAGCUACUCACAACCGUGUCUCUUCCAGAUGGAAUGAACUCCACCAGCAUAUUGCCCUCAACUGGUUUGGACAAACUGCAAAGUUUCUUUAGCAAUCCUGCAACAGCAGCUACAGAAGAAUCAUGUAAAGCAUUGGGUGAAUAUUCAUCGGAGGGAAAGCUUUACACGGGCUCAGACAACUCAAAGCCUGGAACUGAGUCAAAAACUGAGGAGCAGAAAAUGCCAAAGGAAGCUUCAGAUCCUGCUGACUGGACAAAAGAUGAAAGUCAACAGUUUAAGGUUUCAGAUUCCUUGCAAGAUCAACUAAAUGAACUGCAGAAAAGGCAACAGUUGCCUGUGUCUGAUCGGCACGUGUACAAGUAUCGCUGCAGUCAAUGCAGUCUGGCUUUCAAGACCAUGCAAAAACUUCAGAUUCAUUCUCAGUAUCACGCCAUUCGGGCUGCCACGAUGUGCAGCCUUUGUCAGCGCAGCUUCCGCACUUUUCUAGCUUUAAAGAGGCACUUGGAAACGAGUCAUCCUGAACUCAGCGAGUCCGAAGUGCAGCAGAUUUGUGGGAGUUACCACGUAAAUGGGGAGUUCUGGUCAGAGAACGAUGUCAUCAGUCAAGACGAUAACAUCCUGGUACAGGAAAUGGAUAAAGAAGAAGAACUGGAGCAGGAUGGGAAAGUUAGCCCAACAGGAAGUGACAGUAGCUCCAUUCUAGAUGAUUUAAGUGCAGAACCAAAGCGAACACUGCCUUUCCGUAAAGGUCCAAAUUUUACAAUGGAGAAGUUUUUGGACCCUUCUCGACCAUACAAAUGCACAGUGUGUAAAGAAUCUUUCACUCAGAAGAAUAUUCUCUUAGUUCACUAUAAUUCUGUAUCGCACCUGCACAAGCUCAAGAAAGUUCUCCAAGAGGCAUCAAGUCCAGUUCCCCAAGAAUCCAACAACAGCAUAGAUAACAAGCCCUACAAGUGCAGCACGUGCAACGUUGCUUACAGUCAAAGCUCGACACUGGAAAUACACAUGAGAUCGGUGCUCCACCAGACAAAAGCAAGAGCGGCCAAGCUGGAAGCUGGGAAUUGCAAUACCGGAAGUGGAAGCAAUAGCGUGAGCAGUAGCAGCAGCGGUCCUGCCGCUGGUCAAAUGACCGCAGACUCUCAUGGGGUGGCCGCGGCUACUAAUAAGGACACCAAUGCCGAUAUCAAAGAAGCAAUCAAGAAACAGCUGAGUGAUGCUACUUCUCCCCAGUCUGCCCAACAUCACCCUCCGUCUCCAGUACAGGCCCAAGCCCAGGACCAAGCUCAGGCUCAGGCUCAGGCUCAGGCCCAGGCCCAGGCCCAGGCCCAGGCCCAGGCCCAAGCUCAGGCUCAAGCUCAAGCCCAGGCCCAGGCCCAAGCCCAAGCCCAAGCCCAGGUGCAGGCCCAGGCCCUGGCACAAGCCCAGGCACAAAUGCAUCUGCAGCAUGAACUGCAGCAGCAAGCUGCUUUCUUUCAGCCUCAGUUUCUAAACCCAGCACUGUUACCACACUUCCCUCUGACAGCCGAAGCUUUGCUGCAGCUACAGCAGCCACAGUUUCUCUUCCCGUUUUACCUGCCAGGUACUGAAUUUAACCUGAACGCAGAGCCAGGUUUGCCUAGCUCGGGGACCUUUGGAAUAUCUGCAAUGACGGGAUCUUUGCUGGAUGACUUAAAGCAACAAGUACAAGGGCAGCACUUACUGCAGAUUCAGCAACAAUACAGCCAGCAGCACCAAGCCAUGCAGUCACAGCAGCUGUCACAGAAACAGCAGCAGCAAGUAGUGAAACCAACAAAGCAGGAGCAAAACACUUUGAAUUCCUCAGAGACCCAGUUAUUAAAGGAAGCUUAUUCCCUGAAAGAAGUCGAGGAACAAAUGGAGGUAACAGAAGGCAAGGCACAGCAUGAUUUUUUAAGUGAAUCCGAUGCUUUAAAAGAGAAUAAGGAGAUGAAAAAGCAGAAGUCAGUGGAAUCGAUGCUUCCCCCUCCUCGUAUUCCAUCCGGUGCAAGAGGCAAUGCAGCAAAGGCUUUACUGGAAAACUUUGGCUUCGAGCUGGUUAUCCAGUUCAAUGAAAAUAAGCAGAAAGUUCAGAAGAGAAGCAAGAACGGGGAGAGUGAGAGGGUGGACAAACUAGAAUGUGAAGCAUGUGGCAAACUGUUUUCAAACAUACUUAUUCUGAAGAGUCACCAGGAGCAUGUUCAUUGUCAGUUUUUCCCCUUUGGCGAGCUGGAAAUAUUUGCAUGUCACUACAGGGAAGCAUACGACAAAUUGUAUCCUGUAGUACCAUCCUCCCCAGAAUCACCCGCCCCUCCACCACCGCCUCCUCCUCCGCCACCUCCGCCUCCGCCUCCGCCACCGCCGGCUCCUCCCUCAACGGGGAGCGGCAAACUCCAAGCGUCUGUCCCAUCACCGUUACCACCACCGCCUCCUCCACCUCCCCCACCUCCACCCCCACCACCCCCUCCACCUUCCUCACAAUCCCAGGUGCAGAUGCCUGUAUCCUUGGAUCUGCCUCUCUUCCCCCCGGUCAUGAUGCAGCAUUCUUCUUUGCCACCCCAGCUCACGUUACAACUCCCAGCCAUGGAAUCCUUGUCCGCUGACCUCACCCAGCUCUGCCAGCAGCAGCUGGGCUUGGAUCCUAAUUUCCUGAGGCACCACCAGUUCAAGAGGCCACGCACAAGAAUCACAGAUGACCAGCUAAAGAUCUUGCGGACUUAUUUUGAUAUAAAUAACUCUCCGACUGAAGAACAGAUCCAGGAAAUGUCAGAAAAAUCAGGACUUCCUCAGAAGGUUAUUAAACAUUGGUUUCGUAACACCCUCUUUAAAGAAAGGCAAAGAAAUAAGGACUCGCCAUACAAUUUCAACAAUCCACCCAUUACCACAUUGGAAGAAUCCAGAACUGAUACUUUCUUUAGUUCGGGGGAAUAUUACAAGACUGACGGUACCAUAAAUAAACGCUCAUCCCGGACGCGAUUCACGGACUACCAGUUGAGGGUUCUGCAGGACUUUUUUGAUACGAAUGCUUAUCCAAAAGAUGAUGAAAUAGAACAGCUAUCCACAGUUCUAAACCUACCUACCCGAGUAAUUGUCGUCUGGUUCCAAAAUGCCCGUCAAAAAGCACGAAAGAGUUUUGAGAACCAAACAGAUACUAAAGAUAGUGAAAGACGAGAGCUAACCAAUGAACGUUAUAUUCGAACCAGUAACUUGCAAUAUCAGUGUAAAAAAUGCAAUGUAGUCUUUCCUCGAAUUUUUGACCUAAUUACCCAUCAAAAGAAACAGUGUUACAAAGAUGAAGAUGACGACGGUCAGGAUGAUAGUCAAACAGAAGAUUCAAUGGAUGCUACAGACCAAAUGCUGUCGAGUCAUCCUGAUGUAUCUGGACCAACAGAUCCAUCAAAACCUACAGCAGGAAAAGUGCCGGGAUCCGGUUCGAAAUCGGGUUCUAGUUCUGGAUCUAGCACUCCUCUGAUGCCUUCGCCCAAACUAGAAAUGGAUAAAAAUUCACCUAAAUCUAACCAACCAGUAGAGAAACCAAAGCAAGCUGAGGCAGCUCAAGCCUCUCCAAUGGUCAAACUGACAUCCUCACCUCCAUCCGAGCCACAGCCUUUAGCACCUCAGCAAAAGCAGCCCCAACAGCCAAUAGCGCGACCUCAUUCACAGCCUCAGAAUACCACCGUGCAUCCAACCAGCCCUCUGUCUGUAGCAGUCACCUCUUUACAGAACAGCCUACCUCCUCAAAUGUUACAAUACCAGUGUGACCAGUGUAAAUAUGCCUUCCCAACUUUGGAACUUUGGCAGGAGCACCAGCACAUCCAUUUCUUGGCAGCCCAGAAUCAAUUCCUCCAUUCACAAAUCUUGGAUAGAUCUUUAGAUAUGCCCUACAUGGUUUUUGAUCCAAAUAGUCCACUGAUGGGGGGACAAUUGCUUCCUGGACCCCCUUCACAGAUAUCCUCCCAAACUGGUUCAUCAGUUCCAACGCCCUCCAAUACAACGUCUGGAACAGUGAAGCGUAAAUUGGAAGAGAAAGAGGAAAACAAUCAAACUGAAAAGGAAGGCUCCAUUUGUAGUGACGAGCCACAUCGCGAUAAAAGGCUUAGAACAACAAUUACUCCGGAACAACUUGAGGUGCUGUAUGAAAAGUACUUGUUGGAUUCUAAUCCUACUCGAAAAAUGUUGGAUCACAUUUCAAAUGAAGUAGGCUUAAAGAAACGCGUGGUUCAGGUCUGGUUUCAGAACACCAGGGCUCGUGAAAGAAAGGGGCAGUUCCGUGCUCUCGGCCCAAGUCAGUCUCACCGAAGGUGUCCUUUCUGCCGAGCGCUUUUUAAAGCGAAAACAGCACUCGAGACGCACAUCCGUUCUCGACACUGGCACGAAGCUAAGCAGGCAGGCUACAGUCUCCCCCCGAGCCCGGUGAUGCCACAAGACGAUGACGGUGAGAGUCCGCAGAAAGAUAAUUAUUUUGAAUUUCCAACGUUACUCUUCUCCAAGAUUGAUGCGUUAAGCGAAAAUGAUCAAUCUGCAGUUUCGACACCUGUGAGUAAAACAGCAGAUAUGUCACCAAAACAUCUUCUGAGCCCUUCAUUAUUCAAAUCAGAAUGCAAUGAAGACACAGGGAGCCCAAACAUGGUCCCUGCUGUUGUCAGUUUUGAUUUGAAUAAGACAGAUUAUGAUGAAACUUCAUCUGUUAACACAGCUGUGAGUGAUGGAAGUACAGGAGAUGAAGGAAACAAUGAGAAUGAAAACCUUACCGUUAGUACCUCAGAGAAUCGAGCUACUGAGUCUGCAGACAACCCAAAAACAUCAAUAGCUGGUGAUCAAUUGUCAACGACGACCACAACUCCCACAGUUGACUAUUAUGACGAAAGACUUUCCGUGAGCUUACCCAGCCCUUCUCUAAGCUUUAUAUCAAGAGAAAAUGACCUGGAUGACAGCGUUGACCGAAGUGAGACAUCGAGUUUAGCUGACCCCUGUUCUCCUAGUCCAUUUGGGAGCCACGCUAGCCUCAAAUCAUCCAGAUCCAGUGAACGUCCUGGCCAUAAACGCUUCAGAACACAAAUGAGCAACCUUCAAUUAAAAGUCCUAAAAUCAUGCUUCACUGAUUAUCGAACACCAACAAUGCAAGAAUGUGAACUUCUUGGCAAUGAAAUUAAUCUGCCUAAGAGAGUUGUCCAGGUCUGGUUUCAGAAUGCUCGAGCCAAGGACAAAAAAAUAAAGCUGAACAUGGCAAAGUCGUUCAUGAUGAAUCAAAGUGGAAGUGAU